CAACACUUUGUGUGAAAUAAAAUAAAAUGAUUAUAAUAUCUGAUGUUUUCAUAUUCUGAAUAUUGUAAUAAUCAUUUCAUCACUGUAGUAUCCAUCAAGCUGCAGUUACGUUAUUAGUAUUUUAUCUAAAUAUCUAUAACUUUUUAUCAGCAAUCAACAGUAUAUUAAAUAGGUUCUUGUAAAGUCCGAUGUCUAGUGCUGAAGUGGUGGAAAAUUCUGUUAAUCCUCCUAACAAAAAACGUCGUGUUGCCAAUUCACCAGGAGGUUCAGGAAACCUCUCAAGUUUUUCAGAAAUGGCAAAAAUUAACUCCAAAUCAGUACAAAUACACUCAGACAUUGAUGAAGGACUCUACUCUCGACAGUUAUAUGUAUUGGGUCAUGAUGCUAUGCGUUGUAUGGCAAGUUCAGAUGUACUUAUUUCUGGAUUAGGUGGAUUAGGUGUUGAAGUGGCAAAAAAUGUGAUUCUUGGAGGAGUCAAAUCAGUGACUUUACAUGAUAAUAUUGCUUGUCAAAUUGAUGAUUUAGGAUCACAGUUUUAUUUAAAUGAAAGUGACAUAGGAAAAAAUAGAGCAGAAUCUUGUUGCCAACAGCUAUCAGAAUUGAACAAUUAUGUACCUACCAAGUUUUCUUCUGGUCCAUUAACAGAAGAUUUCAUUCUUAAGUUCAAGGUUGUUGUCAUAACUGAAGCAUCACUGCAAGAACAGCUUCGUCUUGCAGAAAUUACUCACAAAAACAAUAUUGCUCUCAUAAUUGGUGAUACUCGUGGUGUAUUUUCACAAGUUUUUUGUGAUUUUGGAGACAACUUUUUGAUUACAGACGCUAAUGGCGAACCACCAGUGACUGCUAUGAUAGCUAGUAUUUCACGAGAUAGUCAGGGUAUUGUAACUUGUUUAGAUGAUACUAGACACGGCAUGGAAGAUGGUGAUUAUGUUACUUUUUCAGAAGUAGAAGGAAUGAUAGAGUUAAAUGGAUGUGAUCCUAAAAAAAUAAAAGUUCUUGGACCUUACACUUUUAGUAUUGGUGAUACGUCUACAUUUUCAGAAUAUAUUCAAAGCGGUAUUGUUACCCAAGUAAAAAUGCCGAAAACAUUGAAGUUUCUUUCAUUAAAUGAAUCUUUCCGAAAACCAAACAUUAUUAUAAGUGAUUUUGCAAAACCAGAUACUCCAUAUCAGGUUCACUUAUCAUUUAUUACGUUACAUCAAUAUGUUCAAAAUUUUAAACGUCUACCCGAAGUAUGGAAUGAUGAUGAUUGUCGAGAAUUCUUGAAGCUGGCACAAAAUAUUAAGAAGAAUUAUCAGUUCGAUAUUCAUUUGAACGAAGAACUUUUAAGUUUAUUUUGUAAAACAUCCGCUGGUGAACUUAGUCCAAUGAAUGCAAUUGUUGGUGGCAUUAUUGCUCAAGAAGUUAUGAAAGCUUGCUCUGGAAAAUUUCACCCAAUUUUUCAAUGGUUGUAUUUCGAUGCCAUUGAAUGCAUACCAAGAAAUAUUUCUGAAUGUAAAGCAUAUUCAGUUGCAGAAAACAACCGUUACACUCGUUUCAUUUCAAUAUUUGGCAAAGAUUUUCACGAUAAACUUGCAAAUUUACAUUACUUCAUUGUAGGCGCUGGCGCUAUUGGAUGUGAGUUAUUAAAAAAUUUUGCUAUGCUUGGGAUCGCGACUAAAGAUGGUCGUAUAACUGUUACUGAUAUGGAUUUUAUAGAAAAAUCGAACCUUAAUCGACAAUUCUUAUUCCGUCCUUCAGAUGUUCAAAAAUCAAAAUCAUCUACUGCUGCUAGAGCUAUAAAAAAAAUGAAUCCGGCUACUAAUAUAAUAGCACAUGAAAAUCGAGUUGGACCGGAGACUGAGAAAAUAUACAAUGAUGAAUUUUUCGAAGCUUUGGAUGGUGUUGCAAAUGCACUUGAUAAUGUUGAUGCUAGAAUAUAUGUUGAUCGACGAUGUGUUUAUUAUCGCAAGCCGCUACUUGAAUCUGGAACACUUGGCACAAAAGGAAAUACUCAGGUGGUGGUACCAUUUUUAACAGAGUCUUAUAGUUCAUCUCAAGAUCCUCCGGAGAAGAGCAUUCCCAUCUGUACUUUAAAGAAUUUUCCUAACGCUAUUGAACACACACUACAAUGGGCGAGAGAUAAUUUUGAAGGUUUAUUUAAACAAAAUGCUGAAAAUGCUGCGCAAUAUAUAAGUGAUCCCCAUUUUGUUGAGAGAACAUUGAGACUGCCAGGUGUACAGCCAUUAGAAGUUUUGGAAUCAGUAAAAGCGGCUUUAGUUGAUGAAAGGCCGAAAAAUUUUGAAGAUUGCAUUAUCUGGGCUCGUUGUCACUGGCAAGAUCAAUAUAAUAAUCAAAUAAGACAAUUGUUGUUCAAUUUUCCUCCCGAACAAAUUACUUCGAGUGGACAACCAUUUUGGUCUGGUCCGAAGCGUUGCCCUAUUCCUUUAGAAUUUAACAUUGAUGAUGAGUUACAUCUAGAUUACAUAGUAGCUGCUGCUAAUUUAAAAGCAACUGUUUAUGGAAUCAAUAUCAAUUUGAAUAAAGAACAAAUUGCAAAACUUGUAUCAACGGUUCCAGUACCCGAAUUCACACCUAAAUCUGGAGUCAAAAUAGCUGAAACUGAUUCCCAAGUUCAAGUCUCAAAUGGAAAUGGAAAUAUUGAUCACGAAAGAUUGAGUCAGUUACUUGCUGAACUUCCAAAGAUUGAAGAAUUAGAAGGUUUGUCCAUACUUUAUUAG